AUGCCCUUGGUAUUACUAACCGGUUACCCAUGUAGCGGUAAAACCACUGUUUCUAAAGAAUUGAUCAUACUACUAGAAUCACAGAUUAAACAACAUCAAAACUUAUCCGAUUACAAGAUAAAUUAUUAUAAUGAUGAAAUGCUAGGUAUAUCUCAUUCAGAUUACAAAGAUGCUAAAGACGAAAAAAAAUUAAGAUCCAAAAUUAUGAGCGUAGUUAAAAGAGACUUGACAAGGAAAACCAUAGUCAUAAUAGAUAGUUUAAAUUAUAUCAAAGGUUUUAGAUAUCAAUUGCAUUGCGAAGUUAAAAAUAUUAACACCACUUUUUUAUUAAUACAUAUGAUGGCAAAUAAGGAAACUAUUAUAAACAAUAAUAACAACAAUUCAGGCAAUGAUAAUGCUAUUACUGCUAGCACUAACCGCUGGAAUGAGGACUUAUUGGUAGAACUAAUUAAUCGUUAUGAGGAACCUAAUCCCAACAAUAGAUGGGAUUUCCCAUGUCUACCAUUAUUGUUUGGCGAAGAUAAAUUACUUGAUUAUUCAGAGGACAUUUUAAAAUAUUUAUUUCCCAUUGAAUUUCACAACAAAGACAAUGACACCAAUGGCGACCAUAAAAAUAACCGUGAAAUUGACACUUUGAUUAGCAAAUUAAAACCUAAUAACGCUACCAUUUUAAAACCCUCUUCAACUAAUAAUUAUUUACAAAACCUAGACAAAGUGACCACUUCAGUAAUUAAAACUAUAAUGAAUUAUUAUCAGGUAGAAAAAGGUGGAUAUAUAAACCACACAAACAAUAGAUGUAUUAUCAAACACGAUGCCAAUAAAGACAACACUAAUGACAUCGAUGCUUGUGUUUGGGUCGACUUGCCUAUUAUUAAGCCAAUAACAAUCGCUCAGCUACAAAGAUUAAAACGCCAAUUUAUUGCACUAAAUAGAAUUAGAAAUUUAGGAGACGAAGAUAGAAUCUUGGUAUUAUUUACAGGUUAUCUAAAUAAAAAUUUCUCCAAUACAUAA